CGUCACCUCAUUGACUUGGUGUUAGGUCGUAGCUCUGAAGGAAGGAUGUAUGAGCUGAGCUUGAGGGUGGGUUGAACCUGCCCGACAACAUUAAAUAACACCCUCUCCCCGCCUCCAACGUGAAACAUUUGCAUCUUGUCACUGACAUUCCAUCACCUAACAAAACAACAUUGAUCAUCGGGUAUCUUGCAACUUCUUUGAUCAACCCUAAACAACUUUCAAGUAAACCAUUUCUCGAAUCAACACAGCACACUUCACAAUCCACAAUGUCGUCCACUGAGGGCAUGAUCAACGGCGGAAGCUCUUCCGCAAACCCAACUAAGGCUCCUGUGAUGGAGGGCAACGGAGGCUUCAUGGCACAGCACAAGAUGGCAGUUGAGCCUCCCAAGAAAGAAGAUCUCCAGCGCAGUUAUGCGACUGUUGUUGAGAACGAUGCCAACCCCAAGGGCUGGUAUGGUUCGAUGAUGAACGCUCUCGGAACUAUCAUUGGAACCAUGGGUGCCGUUCCCUGCUGCAUCAUCUGCCCCAACCCCUUCAAGGAGGUCAACCAGGGUAACGUCGGCCUCGUCACGAAGUUCGGAAAGUUCUACAAGGCCGUCGAUCCUGGUCUGGUUAAUAUCAACCCUCUCAGCGAGCGACUUAUUCAGAUCGAUGUAAAGAUUCAGACCACAGAGGUGCCCGAGCAGAUUUGCAUGACGAAGGACAACGUUACUCUUCGCUUGACCUCAGUUAUCUACUACCACAUUGUCUCCCCUCACAAGGCUGCUUUCGGUAUCAAUAACGUGAAGCAGGCUCUCAUGGAGCGCACUCAGACCACUCUCCGGCACGUCGUCGGUGCUCGCGUUCUUCAGGAUGUCAUCGAGCGCCGUGAAGAGAUUGCUCAGUCCAUUGGAGAAAUCAUUGAAGACGUCGCCGCUGGAUGGGGUGUUCAGGUUGAGAGCAUGCUCAUCAAGGACAUUGUCUUCAGUCAGGAGCUGCAGGAGUCACUCUCUAUGGCUGCUCAGAGCAAGCGUAUCGGUGAAAGCAAGAUCAUUGCCGCUAAGGCUGAGGUCGAAUCCGCCAAGCUUAUGCGACAAGCUGCCGAUAUCCUGAGUUCGGCUCCUGCCAUGCAGAUCCGAUACCUCGAGGCUAUGCAAGCCAUGGCCAAGUCUGCUAAUAGCAAGGUUAUCUUCUUACCUGCUGCUAAUCAGACCAUGGGCAACGCUCUCAACGCCGCCAUGGCCAACCAGACUGGCGAAUCCAGCGCUCGUGCCCUGGAUAACGAAAAUGACUUUGGAGGUCAGGACCCAGGUUUCCAACAGGCCAUGAACGCCCGCGUCGUGGAGAACAUCUAAUCACGGCGUUCUUCCCUCGUGCGUAUCACUUGAGGCAAUGGGCUAACGCUUGAGGGUUCCCGUUUCGGGUUCUAGCCUGGUCUACUUGAUUUCGGAAGCAUUGCCUCGACUGCUCUCUUCUCGUCUUCAUCAGAGCUACACCCCAGCUUUGCCCGUCUAACUCAACUGAAUGACCUGUCACGUUUUUGCUUUCGACGCUGCACUCUGAUACCCAUCUCAACAACAAUCGCCACCGCUCAUUGCGCUUCUUCACUUUUAGUGUAUGUAUUCUACUUUCUUCUUCUAUCGAGGGAGUGGUGGUGGAUAGGGGUGGUGUCUUGUGCCUCUUCUUUUUGGUGAUGGAUACCCUUGGUUUGCUCAGAUGAGCAUUUAAUGAGGAUGGUUUCUGAAUGAUCCCUUAACGUCAUGGAAAAUACCCAAUCGCUAUGAAUAUACCCUUUUCCUUCUGAUAUUGCUGUGUUGGUGAAAGUGUUUCGUCUGAUUGUGUGCCUGAAGACUCUGCCGGCUGUAGUGGCCUGAGAAACUUGGGGUGGCUGGCCUCAGAACAUAAAAACAACUAAAAGCUUCAAAAUUCAUGGACCCUAAAAUUGCCUGAGUUUUAUGCUAGAUUUACUUAACUUAGGUAACUUUAGUACGUUUAGGUAAAUUUAGGAUAGUCUUGAUCUUUGUACCUCUUCUACGAUACGAUGACCAUCAACAAAUACUUCAACCCACUCGUAUAUAUAGAAAAUGGACUAGAUAUCACGUUGCUCGACGAUUCAUGAUCACGAUUUCAACUCAUUUAGCAAUCACAAUAUCCAGGGCAGGCCAAACUUGAGGAUUAACUUUUAAACUUGACAAUUUUCUCUUCUAUAUCCCUCUGUUCACCCUCCCGUAAUGAUACAUCAAAGCAUAGUAAUUCCUCUCCAGAAGUCACCGCGCAUCCACCCAGGGGACGGGGAGGGGACAGAGGGUCAAGUUGAAAAUACGAAAAAGGGAUAAAACCAAAUCACGCCAAUAUGCCCUCCACCCAAACGCCAGCCAGCCAGGAAACAAGGUGCGGGCAGAAGAUGCCAUGCCAGGAGUCUCUCAGGUAUCAUAUAUCUACACAUCGGGAACCGUCCAAUAGUCUGUUGUUGGGUUGACUUGAAAUAUGAUCUUUCGUUUUGGAGCGGGUUCGUCGUCAGUGUUUAGACGAGUACGAGUAAAGCAGGUAGGAUGAGAUUGGUUAACCUCAAAGUCCUACAAUUGUGUCCGAUUCAGCAUCGUCACGACUUGCGCCGUGGACGUUUACUUGAGGGUCUCUAAGCCUCAGAGUGUCGCUUCUUCUUCUUCUGCUUCUUCUCCUUCUUGGGCUCCUCGUCUUCUGAGUCGUCGUGCUUGCGCUUCUUCUUGCCAUCAGUCUCUUCGGCGGCGGGUUGCGACUUGGAAGGUGUAGCCUUCUCCUCGGCCUUUCGCAGCUUCUUGAGUUCCUUCUUGCUGAUGACCUUGGGUGUGCCAUCGGCGUUCAGCUCAACGUCACCUCGCUCGUACUUGCGCUUGAACUUCUUGACUGAGAUACCGGCCUCCUCGGCAAGGCGCUCGUAAUCGGCCUCGGAGAGCUUCUUGGGCUUGCCAGGAGUGGCAGCCUCGUCGUCGCUGUCAUCCUCAGCAUCCUUCAUCUCCUCGUCAACCUCCUCGAUGAGCUUCUUGGCCUUCUUGAGCUUCUUUGCGGGGGUAGCUUCGUUGGUCUCCUCAUCAUCAGCAACACCAUCGGCGUCACCGUUGUAUCGGCGGGUCUCCUUGAGAGUGAACUGACCAGCACCAACAAUCUCACCAGAGGGGGUGACGUUGGCGCCCUUGGGUAGAAGAGGCUUGCCCUCGAGCUUGCGGAGGUGGUUCUCAAGCUUGAUGCGGUUGCUGAGACCAAGGAUAGCGCGCUCCUCCUCAUCAGCGUCGUCUUCGGCAUCACCUAGGGCAUCGACACGGAGACCUAGAGCAGCCUUGGCAGACAGCAUACGAGCGAUCUUACCCUUGUUUCGGCCGGUCGCCUGACCGAUGAGUGAAGAGUGGUAGAUGAGACCGUACUUAGGUGUAUCGUGCUUAGUCUUGAGAGCGCGGAAGAGAGCCUUCUCGGCACCGAGAAUCUGGAUGGUGGAACCAGGAGACUUGGCCAAGCUGAUGAGAGAGCCAGCGUGGGCAAUGAGACGUGCACCGACGAGGUAGCCGACGAGAGCAGUCAGGUUGGGAGCGAUAGCGCGCAUGCGGCUCUCGAGGUACGAGGACAGCUGUGUUCGGUAGUUGGAGUAGACAAUGACCUGGUCAGCCAGGAGCUUAAUGUUGUCAAGAUCCUCAUCGGUGAUCUCGGUACCCAUGCUGAUCUCGGCGGCAGCCUUGAUGGAAGUCUCAAUCUCCUCGGGAAGAAUCUCAGAGAGGUCGCUAUCGGCAAUGUUGGUGCGCAUGCCAACAGCAAGAAUGACGCGAGCGUAAGCCAAGUUGUCGUUGAGAAUCUUGGCCAUCUCAGGGAAGUGCCAUCCGUACCA